AUGAUAAAGUAUUUGAUUGACAAUACUGUCUUACCACCCGUGGCAUUUAUCUUAAACAAUACCCCCAGUGUCAUAUGCGCCAUUAUUGAAUUUUUUCUUGACAUUUGUUUCUUCUGGGUUAAGCAUUUAUAUCACAUUUACAACCGAAGAGACCCGUUAAAAGAGCAUAUAAAACAACUACAAAAUGCAUCAAACUAUAAUGAGUGGAGACUGACGGCUUUCGAGAUUGACCGGCUCACAAAUAUGGACUUAUGGAGACAGAAUUUCAUCAGUAAACAUUACGAUUAUGUGUUGAUUGACGAAAGAAUUAAAUCGUUGGCUGAAGCUAGAGAAAACAAUGAUUCGCAAAAGAUCAUGUCCUUACUCAGAUCAGGUCUUAUUAGAAAUUUUGGUGGUAUUGCUCAAAAGCGACUAUAUUUGAAAUCGUAUAUGGGCACCAAGUUUAAGAUUGAGGAGUACAUAAAUGAAAUCCUUCAUUGCUUGGAAUUCUUAAAUAAAAGCUUGAGUAGUUCCAAUGGGAAUGAAUACGUGAUGAAUAGUAAGCAGCUUAAGCUAGACUUUUUCCACGAUACACGACAAAGUUUUGGAUCCACGGCGUUGUUAUUGCAAGGUGGAUCUUUAUUCGGAUUAUGUCACUUGGGCGUUGUUAAAGCGUUGUAUUUCAAACGACUUUUACCUAGGGUAAUUGGCGGUAGUGCAGUAGGUGCUGCAGUAGCUUCAUUAGUGUGCACGUCCACCGAUGACGAAUUAAUUCCCAUCUUGGUCAAUAUUGAGGAAAUGAUGAAAAACAUUGAUAUUCUUAAUCAUGAGAUUGAUGAGAGAUUUGGAAAUGUUAUCGAAAAUGUGGUUCGCAAGGGCUAUAGUCAAGAUAUUUUGCUUUUUCUCAAGUUUGUCAGAGACACCAUAGGUGACUUGACGUUUGAAGAGGCAUACAUCAAAACUGGGAAGAUCUUGAAUAUUGUGAUUCAUCAUACAAAUAGAAGCGUCCCUUCUUUACUUAACUACAUAACAGCUCCAAAUGUUAUCAUCUGGACAGCAAUUUACGCGUCAAUUGGAACCGGUGUCUUGUCUGACGAUAUUGCUCUCUACGUCAAAGAUUACAAUAACGAAAUUGUUUUGCAAACACCAGAUUUGGAUGUCAAGUUCUUGAAACCGCAAGAGGUGACUUAUCACACAUCCUAUUUCAAAAAUAAUGUCACUACAGACAUUUCUCAGCAUCAUUCACCAUUCACAAAAUUGACCGAGUUGUUUAAUGUAAAUCAUUUCGUCAUCAGUUUGGCAAAACCAUAUCUCGCACCUUUGAUCAGCAAUGACUUGAAACAUUAUCAUGCAUCAUAUGGCAAAGUCAGAUACGACAAAAAGAAAAGAACUUAUGACGGUAGUGAGAUGAGCAAGAGAGACAUUGAGAAGUUUGCUAAAGAUAGUGGCUUUAAUUUCAAAAAGAAGUUGAAAACAAUCAUUGGUAUGGAGAUUUUGCAUCGUAUAAUUGUCCUUAACAAAUUAGGCUUAUUGACUGAGGUUAUGAAGCGUUUAUUUAUCGACGAAAAACCAACUGCCAUGCAAUAUGCCGCAUCCAUCAGAGAAGUCACCAUCGUUCCUGAAGUCAGGUACUUGGUAAAGGAUCUUGGCAGAGUCUUUGAUAUUCAUCGUACAAAGGAGAAUAUACCAUAUUGGAUUUUAGUUGGUGAACGUUCAGUGUGGCCCCUCUUCCCAUUGUUGUGGACUAGGUGUGCUAUUGAGUUUGCAUUAGAUGAUCUAUAUAACUUGCAUAGGAAGCGCAGCUAG